AUACGUUUUAACCCAGCGGGUGCUGUAAACAGUACGUUGGCGGUUCACACCAGUUCAGAAGUAAGGUAUCUUAAAUUGCACUCGACAAUGUUGUGAAUACUUUAAAAUGCUUGAAGCCAUACUUGAUGCCUUCCAUAACGUGUAAAGUAAGAAGUUAGCCUGUGUUAAAAAGUGGUGAUCCCUGCAGAUUACCAAGGCAUCCAGUCUCCCAGCAAGUGCCAAGAGGCAUUCAUUCAAUGCUCCGCUGACACCAAUUUGCCCAAAGAAUAUUUAUGUGGGAGACUCCUCAGAUUGUGGAGACCCCAGAUUGUGGAGGCUCCUGGGCAGCUGGUCUUUUUGUGGACUCCUAAAUCUGGCACUGAACAAAAUUCUCUCUCUCUCUCUCUCUCUCUCUCUCUCUCUCUCUCUCUCUCUCUCUCUCUCUCUCUCUCUCUCUCUCUCUCUCUCUCUCUCUCUCUCUCUCUCUCUCUCUCUCUCUCUCUCUCUCUCUCUCUCUCUCUCUCUCUCUCUCUCUCUCUCUCUCUCUCUCCUCAACUCUCAGCCACUGGAUGGUAUAUCAGUUCACACAGCAAGAAGCCAAGGACCCACCGAGGCUGUCACUUGGAAGAGGUCAUUGUUGUUGCAUCCAGCAUCCCAGCCUGACUGCCUAGACAGGUCCCGCAGGUUGCUGAAUGGCAGAGGUGCAGGCUGCUCCACAGCAAAAUGUGAGACCAGUGUGGCAGAGUAUGAUGUGUACACAAUGAGGGACACACUGUAGCCAACCCAGUAGAUUACCCGUGCUGCACUGCUGAUUGGGUCCUCACCUUGUUGUAGGAGAGCUGACAACAUGUACCAGCCAGCAGCAACUCCCAUGCUAACAGGCUUCUCCCCCGUGGGUAUGUAGCACCUCUGGAGUCGCUCGAUGAAGAAGAGGAUGCUGGCGAGGCCUGUCGUGUUAGCCGGGAUGCGCCGGUACAGAGCUGUGUCCGUUGGGGUUGUGUAGGCAAGCAUCUUCUUGGCAAGGUCCUCGUGGGUGGCCGCAAACAGUUUACGGCUGUGGGAUGAGAACUUGUCUUGUGAAUGUGACGUUGGGUGAUGGACAAUUCAGAGACAGUGAGGUCAGCUUCCCCUGACUGCAGAGCUCCUACCGUGCCCGUCCACUCGUUGCUUGAGCUGUCCUUCAGUUUCCCGUAGGCAUAACCUUCCAGUACAUUGAAACUGACUCUGUACAAGAGAGAGAGUGGGAGAAAAAAUAGUGUUGUGUAUUGAGGGAAAGAAAAUUUCUGUCUUGUCUUCUCUAUUUAGGGAAAGAAAAGGAAAAGGGCAAGUAGUGUCAUAUGCAUGAAGGAAAAGGAAAAUUAUUCUCAUAUGCACUGAGCAAAAAGGAAAAGUACUGUGAUAUGUACUAAGGGAAAGGCUCGGUGUACUGAAGGGAAGGAAAAAUACUGUUGUCGUAUUUAUUGAGGAAAAGAAAGAAAUACUGUCGUAUGUACAUUUUUUAAUUGCUAGAAAGAAAAGUGAAAUAUACAUUUAUAUGUAUAGUUUAUUUUUCAUAUCAGUCACAAGUAUGGAUGUUUGUUUCCCUUCUUUUUUUCACAUGUACAGCUACCUCCUCAAAUAGCAUGUAUUUUCAAAAUUUCAAGCUGCUGUGAUGAUGAAAAAAGCCUGAAAGAAAAAUGACAAGGAACAAAAAGUAAUGAGAAUAAGUUUUGUGGCAACUAUUCAUUAGAUGUCACUUUUUCACUCCUCCACUUAGACCGGUACAGUUGAACGCAAAAUGUGAAAACUUACGAGAAAUUGUGUGCAUCCCUUAGUGCAGUGACAAUAUCCCCCACAAAACCAGUGAUAUUUCUUUGACUGGAGGUUAGUUCAAUAAUUUUGAAGGCUGGGAUUAAUUUUAAUGAGGGAUGAGAGGGUGGAAGUGACUGGAGUAUAGGUUAAUAAUUCUACCAGCUGGAAAGGAUUUUGAGGGUCAGAGGAAAGUGAUUGGAUAUUAGCUUGAUAAUCGUGCUUGGUGAGAUUAAUUUUAGUGAGAGACUAGAUGGUGGGAGGAUGAUAUUUAGAGGUUAGUUUGGUAAUUUUGCCAGUUGGUAUUAAUUUUUAGUGAGGGAUGAGGGUGUCAGAAGAAUGUGACUGGAGGUUAGUUUAAUAAUUCUGAGGGUGGGAGGAAAGUAAUAGGGGGUUAGUUUAAUUUUGGUGAUGGAUGAGAGUGUGAGUGGAAAGUGUAGCUGACCACAUAAUUUAUCAAAUAAUACAAGCAUGUACACAUUCUUAAUAAUGUUCCAUGUUAAGAUAUACUAAACAUGAAGUUACUCCACAAUAUAUGAUGGUGUAAAUUACGAAUGGUUAAAGUCAAGACUUGUUUGAUGAUGGCCUGUUUGCUUGCUCCCCUUGGACGUGCGGCAAGUGCAGCAGCGUUCGACCGUUUCUCUAGGGGCAAGCGACACCUCCUGGUGGGGGACUUCAAAUCUGCUGUGGCUGCCUUCGAGGAGGCAACAGAGUCCCUGGUGGAGCUGUGUGGGGAGCAGGCGCCCGAGUGUGGUGACGCGUACUGCCGCUGUGGCCGUGCAUUGCUGGAGCUGGCACGCAAGGAGGCAGGGGUGCUGGGGCCAGAUCUGGAUGGUGCCAGUAGUCAGGAGGGAAGCACAGGGGAAGAGGAGGACGAGGAGGAAGAGAGUUAAGAGUCACAAGAGGAGGAGGAAGGUGGAAAGAAAGAGGAAGGAGAGGAGGAGGAGGAGGAGGAGGAAGAUGGAGAAGGAAAGGAGAAAGAUAAGAAGGAAGGAAAUGCCGCAGAAGGAGAAGAGCAAUAAGAAAUUAGAAUUGACAGAGAAACCAGACAAGGGACUGCAUUUGAAGAAGCACAAGAACCAAGAAAUUACAUCAUUCAAUGAAAUGACAACAUAAUCUAAAAUAGAAAUCAAAAACGUCACAAGACAGAAUAGUGAGCUGCAUGCACUUAUCACAGAGUAUAAAGUCACUCCCUCAGAGGAAAAAGACAAGGAUGGCAUGUCUUCAUGUGAGAACUCAGAAGCUAAAUGUACAGAUACCAAGGGGAAAUUGCUGGGUCAAGUGGCUACACUGACAUCUGAGGUUAGCAGGUUGGAGAGUGAGUGCAGCAGUCUUCAGGUUCAGCUAGACUGUGAGAGGGAUAAGUAUAACAAACUGCUGGGAGAAUCUCUUGCUCAUGAAAAGUUGUCUGAAGAUGUCAUAACUGAACCAAAAGGAGAAACAACAGGAUUGGGAGGAACUGAGCUUUAACAGAAGCUGCAACAACUGCAGGAGGCUCACAGGGUCCUGGAGAGCAGGUUAACUUGCAGCAUGAAGGAGGUGGCUGAGCUGAGUGACAGGAAGUAGCAGCUUGAGCAUGCUGUAGUGCAUGAGGAGACAGAGUCCAUCGGUGACUACAUCACCAUCUACCAGUUGCAGCGAGGAGUGAUGAAGCAACAAGCUCGAGAACGCGAGUUAGACCUUGCCAGCCUCCAUCAUGAAUGAGAGGAAAUGAAGCAAAACCACUCUGCAGGAUUUGAUAUCAAAGCUGGUGCAGGAAAAGGAAGCAGAUCAUGACCUUCAGCAGCUCGAGAAGAUAAGCAGCGUCCUUAUAUAUAUGUUAUAUAAAUAUGUUCCUUUCACUAUAAUAUAUUAUAUGUAUUAAAAACUGCAUGGAAUACUACUGUAUUCCAUGCACUUUGUAUUCCAUGUAUUCCAGCCACUCAGUCUCCUACUGAGUGGCUGGGGUUUUCCAAAAGUGAGGGUUGGUGUUCUAUACCAUACCAUGUGCCCUGUUUGUAUUCCUUCUCUAUCCUCUGUAUUAUAUUCUAUGUAAAGAUGGUGCUAGGGUGGGAUCUACUUCUUAUUCCCUAAAAGUGAUGAGGAGUGACACUGGGCAGCAUUAAUUUGCUCCUUAGAGAUGGCUGGGUUCCUGUGGAUGAGUGGGCCAUGCUGUGCUUUGUCAAGGAUGGUGUUUGGUAUUGUGAUGACUCUUGCCACAAUCAAGUGUUUCCCACAGAGUAGUGGAGUACCUAUGUAUGGUGUUGACCCAAGCUGUCCAGGUCUCAUCCAAUGCCUUAAUAUGAUUUAGAUGAUCAAAAUGGUUUAACUCACCAUUUAAUCAGCUGACUGAUUUGAAUGGAGAAGUAUGUAAUGUGUUGUAGCCUAACCAUCCCUGCCAGCAUGGUCAGACUCUUGGUAGUAACCUGAAAUGCUCCUAGGUAGUGAGUAUCAUUGCACAUAAUGAUCUUUACUUUGUCAGUAAUUCAAUGAUACUGAAUAUUACUCUACUGGAUUUUGCUCAGCACUGCUUGGUAACUUUUGGCCAUAAUCCCAGGUCUGGAAUGAUAUGAAGCCAUGUUUUUACAUUCCAUAUGAGACAGGCAAGCACUAUGCUUUGCCUGACUGAUACCUGUACUUUGCAUUUAUGACCCCAGGUAGUUCAUCACUCUCUCUCUCUCUCUCUCUCUCUCUCUCUCUCUCUCUCUCUCUCUCUCUCUCUCUCUCUCUCUCUCUCUCUCUCUCUCUCUCUCUCUCUCUCUCUCUCUCUCUCUCUCUCUCUCUCUCUCUCUCUCUCUCUCUCUCUCUCUCUCUCUGUUUGGAAUUAUACUGUAUAUUAGGAAAUAUCAUUAAAGAGUGUGUGUGUAAAAAGUGUUUGCAUUAUUGUGCAUUUGAUGUUGGUUUCAUGAUUUAUAAAGAUUGCUAUUUUUAAUAAAGUUAUUGAAAUUGUUA